AUGUUUGGACAGGUUCAAGUCCGGCCUCUGGCGGGGUCACACAAGAACAUUCAGACUUGUCCUGAAGCCACUCCUGUGUUGUUGUCCUGUUGGAAGAACCCUGGGCGCUGUCCGGAACACUGGGCGCUGUCCGGAACACUGGGCGCUGUCCGGAACCCUGGGCGCUGUCCGGAACCCUGGGCGCUGUCCGGAACCCUGGGCGCUGUCCGGAACCCUGGGCGCUCUCCGGAACCCUGGGCGCUGUCCGGAACACUGGGCGCUGUCCGGAACCCUGGGCGCUGUCCGCAACACUGGGCGCUGUCCGGAACCCUGGGCGCUGUCCGGAACCCUGGGCGCUGUCCGGAACACUGGGCGCUGUCCGGAACACUGGGCGCUGUCCGGAACCCUGGGCGCUGUCCGGAACCCUGGGCGCUGUCCGGAACCCUGGGCGCUGUCCGGAACCCUGGGCGCUGUCCGGAACCCUGGGCGCUGUCCGCAACACUGGGCGCUGUCCGGAACCCUGGGCGCUGUCCGGAACCCUGGGCGCUGUCCGGAACCCUGGGCGCUGUCCGCAACACUGGGCGCUGUCCGCAACACUGGGCGCUGUCCGCAACCCUGGGCGCUGUCCGCAACACUGGGCGCUGUCCGCAACACUGGGCGCUGUCCGCAACCCUGGGCGCUGUCCGGAACCCUGGGCGCUCUCCGGAACCCUGGGCGCUGUCCGGAACCCUGGGCGCUGUCCGGAACCCUGGGCGCUGUCCGCAACCCUGGGCGCUGUCCGCAACCCUGGGCGCUGUCCGUAACACUGGGCGCUGUCCGCAACACUGGGCGCUGUCCGCAACACUGGGCGCUGUCCGCAACACUGGGCGCUGUCCGGAACCCUGGGCGCUGUCCGGAACCCUGGGCGCUGUCCGGAACCCUGGGCGCUGUCCGCAACACUGGGCGCUGUCCGGAACCCUGGGCGCUGUCCGGAACCCUGGGCGCUGUCCGGAACCCUGGGCGCUGUCCGGAACCCUGGGCGCUGUCCGGAACCCUGGGCGCUGUCCGCAACACUGGGCGCUGUCCGCAACACUGGGCGCUGUCCGGAACCCUGGGUGCUGUCUGAACCUCGAGCUGGUACAGGAGCAGCAGGGCUCUACAUGACAGAGCACUGGAUCGCCGUCAGGCUACACAGUGAAGUACUGACCCAGUAGAGGGCACCAACACUGGGGUAGAGCAGUCUGGAAGGAGGGCAGGCUGCCCAGAGGACCAGAGAGCAGAUGUAGCCUACAGAGGAGAGAGAAGGGAGCCUUGGCCCCUCUAGAAAAAGAAGAGGGGUGGUUCUAUGAGGCUCUGUAUUAGAAUCUGGAUGAGGGGAGAAGAUCCUGGACUGUGAAGCUAUGACACUUUAUUGUGAAGCUAUGACACUUUAUUGUGAAGCUAUGACACUUUAUUGUGAAGCUAUGACACUUUAUUGUGAAGCUAUGACACUUUAUUGUGACGCUAUGACGCUUUAUUGUGAAGCUAUGACACUUUAUUGUGAAGCUAUGACACUUUAUUGUGAAGCUAUGACAUUUUAUUGUGAAGCUAUGACACUUUACUGUGAAGCUAUGACACUUUACUGUGAAGCUAUGGCACUUUACUGUGAAGCUAUGACACUUUAUUGUGACGCUAUGACACUUUAUUGUGAAGCUAUGAUACUUUAUUGUGAAGCUAUGACACUUUAUUGUGAAGCUAUGACACUUUACUGUGAAGCUAUGACACUUUACUGUGAAGCUAUGACACUUUACUGUGAAGCUAUGACACUUUACUGUGAAGCUAUGACACUCUACUGUGAAGCUAUGACACUUUACUGUGAAGCUAUGACACUCUACUGUGAAGCUAUGACACUUUACUGUGAAGCUAUGACACUUUACUGUGAAGCUAUGACACUUUACUGUGAAGCUAUGACACUCUACUGUGAAGCUAUGACACUUUACUGUGAAGCUAUGACACUUUACUGUGAAGCUAUGACACUUUACUGUGAAGCUAUGACACUUUAUUGUGAAGCUAUGACAUUUUAUUGUGAAGCUAUGACACUUUACUGUGAAGCUAUGACACUUUACUGUGAAGCUAUGACACUUUACUGUGAAGCUAUGACACUCUACUGUGAAGCUAUGACACUUUACUGUGAAGCUAUGACACUUUACUGUGAAGCUAUGACACUUUACUGUGAAGCUAUGACACUGUGAAGCUAUGACACUUUACUGUGAAGCUAUGACACUUUACUGUGAAGCUAUGACACUGUGAAGCUAUGACACUUUACUGUGAAGCUAUGCUUGUGAUGUCUACGUUUGACCGUGGUGUUUUGAUACCGUACUGCUUAUUCACUGGUAGGCACUUUUUUGUUAUAUGAAUCACUUUUGUAUUGUUUUUUGUAAUGAGAACAGUUUCCAAGACCUUCUACAGUUUGUAGUAAGUGAAACUUCAUUGUUAUGGAAAUGUCCUAUGACAAUGACCACCCAGGCUGUAACCAGCUGUGAAAUUGGUUUAAAUUUCCCUUUUAAUAGGUUGUCCUAUUUUCUUUGAAGGGUUGAACACAUGUUUACUUUCUGCAAGGCAAGCCCCCCCCUUCAUAAACACAUUCACUAUUAAUUAUACUCUUUAACAGAUACAGUCUGUGUCAAUUUUGUCUUUAUGGUUUUAAAUAUCAGGGUGAAUUAUAAUAUGUGCUUGUGAAAUCAA